UAAUUCGCAAAGUUUGAUUGAAAGGAUGCAAGAGCCGAGCGAGCUAAGGGGAAGAGUGGACGGCGCGGCGCGGCGGAGUGGAGGGGGGAAGGAGCCGGAGUGAGGUUACGGCGCAGUGGAGGGGAGAAUUGCAUGUGCAGUUUACUACGACGGAGAAUGAAAGGAAGAAGAAGGAAAAAAUCCGCCGGAGUUUUUUCCCGUCGGAGUAGGGAUAAACAUUAAAAUGGAGGGAGUAUUAAAACGUAGGGGAAGCGAUAAACCCGAAAGUUCACGAAAUGCACCGAUCUCCGCCCGACUCCGUAGGCCUCUGAAAGUUAUUUUCUUUUUUUUUCCAUCCUUCAUUUUUCUUUUUAUUUUGUCUUUCUUUUUCUUCUUCUUCUCCUCGUUUUUUUUUUAAUUUAUAAUUUUUUCUUCUCAUUUCGCGCGGUGCUCCACUCGGCUCGGAUCGGGUCGGUUUUUUUCGCUCCUUCGCUCGCUGCAUGGCCUCCCGAUGCAGUUUCGUCGACUGCAUAUUUUGUGCAGUGAAUUAUAUGAAGGCCGGCUGGUGAUGUGAUUUCUGCGCUCUCUUCACGUACUUGCAUUAUUAAUCAACGUAUUCGACCGCUCUUUUGUUUUCGACCCUGGUUUUGCUCUCCGCUCCCUCUCGGCGUGAUCCUCACACCCUCUCGCAAAUUAUCAGUGCGCCCCCCGAAUUUUCAACCCUUCGCGCGAAACUUCGACCCGGUCUAUUUUUAUUCUUGUUCCGUGCGGUUUUUUAAAAUUUUCAUCCGAACUUAAUUUCUCACAGUGCGGUGUGUUCGCGGUCUGUUAUCGCUGAAGUGUUCCGUUUUUAUUUUUUUCUACCGUUGUUACUUCUUGUUGUUCAUCUUGUGUACAAAAUUUUUCGUGAAAUAUUGUUUGUUCGGAAUAAAUUUUUGUUUGGUUCGCCGAUAGUUAUUUUUUUUAUUCUGACGUGUUGUUCACCUAAGGAUGCACACUUAUUUAUUUGUUGCCGCAACAUGAUCGAUACGGACGCUCCAUUCUCAACACCGGUACGUGGACACCAAUAUUCUCCUCACAUCGUAGGAGUCCUUCUCUCGAAAAUCACUUUUAUGAAGGACUGGAGCGAAUCGCGGAAGAGUUGAUGGGGAGGAGGAAAUGGCAGCACUAUCACUCGAGCCUGCUGCCCGAAUACAGUGCCCAGCUUCAGAUGGAGGAACAGAAGGACUGGUCCCCGGUCGCUGCUGACAAGUGCGUCCUAUGCCCCACUGACAAACCCAGCCCCACCGAUAUCACCAACCUCCAGCGGCCGAAAUCCGAGUCGGGCUCCCUCUCGAGCGGUCACAGCGAGGACUCCGACCGGGACUCGCCCCUGGGGCCGCCCACCCCGACGCCGACGCCCACCUCCGGCUCGACGCCCGUUCCCCCGACGGGCGCCCACUCUCGCUCCCCCGCCAUGACGACCUUCGAGUCGGGCCUCAACGCCUCCAUGAUGGCCGCCUCCCUGGCCGCAGUGGCCGCCUUCUCCACCUCGAACCCGGGCGCCAAGCCGGGCCUCUACCCCGGCGGCCACGCCCUCUUCCCGCCCUGGUACCUCCCCCCGACCGCGGCCGCCGCCUCCGCCAACCUCGCCGAGGCCCUCCGGCUGGAGGCCAAGGAGUCCGCCGAGCCCCGCGCCCCCUCCACGCCCACGCCCACCGGGACGCCCUCCGGGACGCCCACCGGGGCCGCCCCAGGCAACGCCGAGAUGCCCCUCGACCUCAGCGCCAAGUCCUCGUCCCUCAACUCCCCCUCGGAGACCAAGUCCAGCUCCCCGGACGCCCACGACAUUCCCUCCCUCCAGCACCUCAUCCAGUCGGCCGCCUCGCCGCAGUCUCCGCGCGUGCCUCUCCUCACCAGUCACCAACAAAUCUUUAAGGCUAAACCCCGGCUCAGUGCCGUGGCGGGACGACGGACCUACACGGAGGAGGAGCUCCAGGCGGCGCUGCAGGACAUCCAGAGCGGGAAACUCGGCACCCGGCGGGCGGCCGUCAUCUACGGCAUCCCGCGCUCCACCCUCCGCAACAAGGUCUACAAGCUGACGAUGGAGCGGCGGCAGGACUCGCACAUCGGCAUCACCUCCAACAGCAACCUGGCCGGGAACCUGGCCGACGACGACGACGGCAUCCGGGACGACGACGACGCCAUGCGGGACGACGACGCCGAGCUCUCCGGCGCCGAGGAAGAGAGGGAAGUAGAGAAAACCUUACUAAAACCCCUGAUUUCAGUCGAGGAUCUAAUCCGGCUCUCCCAGGAGGGGCCGGCACCCACCGACUCCCUGCGGACGCUCCUCCAGCAGGGCAGCAAGCUGGACCGACCCAAGAGGGAGGAGUCCGCCCACUCGCCGCCCGUCUACCCGUACUUCCCCCCUAACCUAGAACAAUUGUGGAGCGGGCUGGAUCAGUCCGCGCUGGCACCGUACCUGGCUCAGAUCCUCGCCGCGGGUGGCAACAACCUCAACGCAGCGCUCCUAGGGCAGAUCAGUCCCUUCCUGGCGGCCAACGCCAGGCAGAGGCAUCCACCGGUGCCGGAAGAACGCCCGGCGUCCGCAUCUCCUGCCCCUGACUUCGUACCUAAGUUUCCUCCCCAGGCGCAUCUCUCCGACCUGGUCAGACGCAUGAUGGCCGAGGAGAAGAUGCUCCUCGAGGAACAGCAGAAGAAGGACCCACGAUCUUUCCAGAUCAACGGAUCCAGGACCUCGGAGCCUCGGGCGUCCUCGUCAGGGCUCCCGAGCAGCAAAGACGACGAGAACUCGGCGUCGAACGUUAUACUGAAAAUUCCGUCCUUCAAGCCCGCUUCCAAGAACGGCCUGGAAAGCUCCUUCCAGUCGCCGGACUUCCCCCUAGGUGUCAAAGUCAGCUCCGCCGACUCCAUGGUCUCGGUGGUGUCGCCGCCUAUCGGCGGCGCCCGGAGCGAGUCCUCCUCCCCGCCCUCCAUGGUCGGCAGGAACUUCAGUAUGAACUUCAAGGAGGUGAUAGCGAAAAGUAUUAGUCAGAAAUUCCAGCAGCCACCAAACGAACAUAUCCCCAGUCCCUCCGGGCUCAACUUCCGAGCGGGGCUGUUCAACCCCGGGCUGGGGAACCCGCCCAUCAUCCGGAACCACAACAACAACCACGUGGAGGACCGGAAACUCUUAGCGCCUUCGAAUAAAGGCCUAGGGAUGCCGGGUAGUGCCCCUACGUCGUCGGGUUCCUCGUCGGGCGGAAAGGGCACGCGGCCGAAGAGAGGGAAGUAUCGGAACUACGAUCGGGACAGCUUGGUGGAAGCCGUCAGGGCCGUCCAAAGGGGCGAGAUGAGUGUUCACAGGGCCGGGUCCUACUACGGCGUGCCCCAUUCAACCCUCGAGUACAAAGUCAAAGAAAGACACUUGAUGAGGCCGCGCAAGCGCGAGCCGAAGCCGCAGCCCGCGGAGGACGCCAAGAGGAAAGACGAUAACAUCCUUCGGAUAUCCCCCAGUGAUAAACCCAAGCCUUUGCCCCCGAAACCAAAAACCCCCUUCUCGACGUCCUCGCCGCUGCCGGGGACCCCGAACGGUCUGAAGAUCCCGCCCCUGUUCGAUCCCUCCAUGGCCUACCCGGCGGGGCCGCCCUUCCCGUUCUGGCCGCCCAACCCCUUCGCCCACCUCCCGCUGGACUACGGCCGCGGCGGCAACUUCCCCCAGAGCCCGGAGCAGUUCUUCGCCACCCAGAUGAUGCAGAGGAUACAGCAGGAGGAGAACAACAGGACGUCCCAAGGGAGCCCGACGCCGGCCGCCAUCGCGGCUCUGGGCAAGAGUGCACGGGAGGUCGCGGAAAGCCUCUAUGACGGGACUGGGGCUAAUGGUAGUUUUCUAGACGGGAUAAUCCGGUCCAGUUUAGAGACUGGGUUGAAGGACGGCGGGCAUAGUUCGCCGGAACACUUAUCGAAUAGGAACCUUUUAGAACAACUUUGCCGAACAAAUAGUCGACUAUCCUCUUUGACCAGGCCGCCGCCUCGAGACACGGGGAGCGGCGGCAGUGGUAGUGGGAGUGGCUCCGGUUCGGACGAAGAUACCGUCAGGAGGCCUUCGACAAGCGCCGUGAACCCGGCAACGUCGCCAUCUCUAGAUAGACAAAAGGCUCUGGAUAGAGAAAUUAAGUCUGAGAAGUUUAGCGAAGAAGACAUAGUAUCACAAGAAGACGUCCGGUCGCCGCCGACUAGUACGGACCUGUUAGAUAGCUCGCAAAUAAAAGUUGAAACUAAUGAAAGUGCCUGUGAUAAUAAAAGUAGAGAGGAAGACUCCGCACCCGCCAAAGACCAAGAAGCAGAUCAAGAACCCUUAGAGACUAUGGAAACUUAAAUGAUAUAAUCAUACUAUUUUUAUUAUUCGUAAAAAUUCUUAUUAAUUAUUAUUAUUAAUUCUUAUUAUUAUUGUUAAUCGAUUUUGUUUUCGAAGGUGCAACCUGUGAGGUUCACCUUGCUGUACUGAUGUAUUUAGUUUCGUACAGGUUCGCUCCCUAGAGUAACGGUAAAGAAGCAACGCGUCGUUUCGCGCCGGUAAAUAAUUCCGUUUUAUCUGUCUACUUGAGUCUUGUUUACUGUUAUUAUAGGAUGCUAAAUCCACAAAAGUGGUUCAUUUUACUUUUAAGUCUAUCGAUGAUUUUUCCGUGAUCCUUCUGCCUGGCAACGGGGUUCGGUCAUCCCUCUUGGAAUUUAUUGGUGAUAAAGUAAUCGUUAAAUCUGGAAAACUCAUUUUUGAAUAUUGACAUCACUAGAUCUCCACUCAUCUUGUAUUUAUUCAAAAGGAAACGUAUCAUUACACUGCAUCGGUUUUUUACUGAGAAACUAGAGAUCACGAAAAAUUUUCCGAUAAAAUAGUGACUCGUUUUAGUCUUAAAAAUGAAGUAUGAGAAGAAAUGUUUAAUGCUCCAAUUGAGACCUUUUCCCGUCUGACACAAAAACUAUGUCGAUUUUAUUUCAGAAAUUAGGGUCGAAAUCAUUCAACGUUGCCAUGAGUCUGUCGGAAUAAAUCAAAGCAGAACAUUUGGUUUUGCCUACAUGGGCAACAAUCAUUCGAAUGAAAAUGUAUCAUUCCGACCGUCCCUGAAUAAUUACCAAAAAAUUCUGAGAGGGAAAUCAUUGCCCUCAUUCGAUUCUCCUGGUAAUUUACAAGCUUUAAAACUUUAAAGUUUAAAAUUUUAAAACUUUCAAACUUUAACGAAUCAUUGACACUCCUACCGAUAUUUCAUGUUAAACAUGCCUGGAUCUAAAAGUCGUUUGCUUGCUAAAAAGAGGCUGAUGUAAAAUAGCAUGUUUGAUUUAAGCCACUUUUUGUCUCAGCGAAUGAGGAACAUGAGCAUAGUUGAAAUCAUAAUGCAUAUCUGUUGAAUAUAUCCAAUAUUUCAAAAGAACAUUUGAAAUCUCGAAAAGACCAAUGAGCAUUUAUAAAGAUUUAGGUCUCCACUCAUAGAUUUCUCUAUUUUCUUAUUCUUUCUUGAUGAUGUUUAAAGCAUGACCUAAAAUUGGAUACAUAUUCAUUUAAUUUAUUUUUCUAAUGCUUAGCGCAUACCCUCUCACUCACACUAUCAUACUACAUUGAAAACAAAUAACAGUAACUAAAAUACCUAUUGUGCAAUAAACUGUAAGUAACCAGAAUAAUACCCUAGUUUAUGGUUAGGACGACUUGCUUACUUUAUUAACUUGGACACCUGAGGUCGGAAUGCCCCCAAGUUUGUUGUGUAUAGAAAUUUAUGCCUUUACCAACAGAGUUUCACUGUUCAAAUUUGAUUAAAUAUUCAGUACAUUUAUGACUGUAAUAUCUGAAUCUGACCCAAGAGUCAAAGGUCAAUGUAGGGCUGUCUAUAAUUUCGUCUGUUCAAACGAAGUAUCGCAUGUGUAAUCAGUAUUUGUCUCAGCAUAGAGGGGAAAAAACGAACAUUGGACGUAUGGAGGACCAAGGCUAAAAAUUGAUCAAGAACUAAAAGAUUUUCAGAAAAAAACGGGAUUAUCGGGGUUCUAACAACUCUAUUUUCGACCAGCAAAAUAGAAAUACUUUUGAAAAUAAACAUAAGUAAGCUCUAACCUACAUAUCACAGUUGAAGGAAAUGGACGUAGUAGCCUAAAAUCCUGUUUUCUGAAUAUUUGCGUAUACAUUUCAUCCUUGGUGAACCAUACGGAGCCGUUCAAAAAUUACGUAACGUACGUAACGGUCUGGGAGCGGGGCGGGGGGGGGUCGAGGAAAGCGUAACGCUGUUUUGUUCUUACAUGUUGAAGGAGUAGUACGUACGUUACUAACAUGUUACAGGAAUGAGUCACGUAAUUUAUGAGCGCUUCCUAAUCUAUAUGUUAGUUUUUUUCCCUUGUCAUAAGUUGAGCUAUCGCUUUUUUCCCAUCGUAAUUGUGUAAAGGCGGUUCUAUAUUUAGCAGGCAGCAAUUCUAAAUAAUAGCUUUCUCUUAAGCAAAAGCCCAAUUUGCAAUCUUACAUGAUAUUCUAAGCUUAUUGUGGCGACCAUCCUUCUUUGCCCAUUUUUUAUCCAUUAAGAGCAAAACAUCCAACUAAAUAAAUUUUUGUUUGUAUUUAAUUCAAGUGUCCAUUUACGAUAUAUUAGUAACUGUAUCGAUUUUGAAAUAAUUUUCGCUUGUUCAAAAUAUCAAUCAAAUUUUAAUUCAUUUGGUUCGAAAUUCAUAUAUGAUUUUUGACUUUUCGCUUAAAUUAUUCAUAGUUCUCUUAGACUAUCACUUCUCAAAAGUAUCUGUUGCUGUCCUGUCUCUCAAAAUUGAAAUUCUGAAAAUACUAUAACACUUAAUUGAGAACCCCUGUUUUUAUCUCUAUUUGGAAUGAAAAACUUGGAUGAAAGUUUUCCCACAUCAUUGGAAUCCAUUACAGCAAAAAUAUUCUGCUCUUAACCAGGGACCAAUCCAUAGUAACUUUUAGACGCUAUCUCUAAUUUUCAUUCCUGAUUUUUUUACCUCUGUCUAUUUUGCCUAAAACUUUAAUCCAUUAGUAUUUCUAAGUUUGUACCAAAAUUUCACUAUAAAUUUACUUACAUUCCUUUUGUAAAAUUUUUAAGAAUUAUUUUCUCUUCUCAAAUAUGAAACCAGGAAUAAAUUAGUUUGAAUUCCAACAUGUGUCAGCUUUUGGGUAUUUACACCUUAACAUUUAGGCAAGUUAAUUAAGUGAGAAUUAAUCGUGCAAUAUGUAAAAGAUACCAUUUUUCCUCCCUUUUUUUCGCCAAACCUGGGAAAAGUUCCAAAAUUGAAAGGGUUGGUAAAUUUAUUUUCGUGUUUCCUUCCUUUGUCCAAAAACAAAAAUUUUGCUUACCACGAAAAAAAUGUGUAUGUAUUCUUUUUAGAAAAUUUCGGUAAUCACGCAGUACAAUUUUCUGAAAAAGAAUUGUGAACAAACUGUCAUUAAAAAAAAGAUCCUUAAUUUACAGAACGUCUCUCCCAAAAUUCACAGACACUGUGUCAGCUUUGAUGUAAAAUUUCAUAUGUUAAAUUUAUGGAGACUGGGUAUCUAUGUACGAUGUUUCUACAAUGGUUUCCUGAUCAUUCAAACUCACAAGAAACGCUGAUGUUCAAUUAUACAUUCCUCGAGUAGAAUUCGUUUUGUAUCAGUAAUAAACUCAAAUUUUAGUGUUUAGAGAUAAUAAACUUCCAGAAGGAGUAUAGUAACAAUAUCCUUUCUUUUGUGCCGCAUUUUAAAUCUGAGCACGCAAUUUUGAAGCAGUUGCUUAAGUAAAAACGAAGAUAAAGAAGUUGAGUUCAAUUUGGAACUACUUAUAACACAUGUCGUGGUGGUUUAAGUGUUUCCCUUACCAUUGGCAAAUCCGUACCCUUAGGUAGACUUAAUUUCGUAUACGAUUAGGACCGUGGAUGUCAUUAAGCCUUUUCUUCUUCUUUUCUCUUUUAUUUCUACAGCUGAUCUCAUAAAUUUAGAUUAGUAACUUUGACCACUUAAUGAUAAUUCGAUUCAUUCACAGGUGACUUGGCUUAAAUGUUAGAUGGUGAAAAUUUUAGGUCCAAUCCGUUCGUAUUUUUUUUCUUUCUUAUUCGUUCUCUCUUCAAGGCGAGUUCAAUAUUUUUCACCGUACCAUAAAGCCCAUGGCAUGGACACGAUAUCUAUCGAAAACAUAUCUUUAAAAUGAGAUCAUAAGACGGGAGUGAAUUUUAAUUUUAAAAAUCACCAACUACUACGAAUUUCGCCACCAGGGCGCAAUGUUUGAAAAACGCGUGUGUGUUUGAUGCACAUGUGCACAGCUCGAGCAUUUCAUCUCGAGCUUAACGAAGCAAAUCCUAAUUUCAUUCCAAAUAAUUCCGUUUGAAUUUUUUGCACAGUCAUAAUAUGUAGCCUGGAGGGCGAAACUGUCGUCCCUCGUGAAGUCAUUCCUCUCUCCUCAAAUCUUCUGAAGAAAGAGUUUCGUUUCUGACAUCAGACAUGCUUUACUUUUGGUGCCAUAUUCACAUCUUAGUUGUUAUUAGGUCUCUUUCUCCUCCUUUUGUUCUUGCGUUACUUUCGAUGACAGUGGCGCGGCGUGCUUCGAUAUAUAUCGAUAUUUCCCCAUUUGAAGCUAUGGUAAAGAAUCGAUUAUCAAGGUGUUCGUCGCGAACACCCUGUUAAUCGAUCCUUUUUCAUAUUUUUAAAUGGCAAAUCAAUCGAUAUGUCGCAAAUUACGCCACGCCACUGUUCGGAGAGUAAGGAGUCGCUCAGGUAACUGAGCAUGUCGCAGAAUAGGGCUUUGCUCGUGACUUAUCGCAAACAGACAAACUAAUAACUAUAUCUCUCUGAAUGCCUGUUUUUUGUGUUCAGAACUAUCGCAGAUGUUUCCUGGUGAAAAGGAAGAUGGUGGACAUAGACCACUGUAAAGUUUUUUUUUUUUUUUUUUUUUUUUCAACAAUGGCUCCAAAAUGAUACAUGCAAAUGUUAUGGCUAAAAUUAACGUUUAUGACGUCAUCCACCGUAGUUCUCCUAGGACAAUAUCUUCGCAGAAAUCUGAUGCAAAAACCUGGCAAUUGGAUUGAUCUUAUCAUUUUUUUUAAACCUUUAAAAAUCAACCGUUGAGACGGUAUUAUCUAUCGCACCCGUAAUGUUCUAUCAAACCGAGCUACCAUCCGACUCAGUGGCGAGGCGUAAAUGAUCGAUAAUCGAUAUUUCCCCAUUUGAAGCUACGGUAAAGAAUCGAUUAUUAAGGUGUUCGUUGCGAACGCACUGUUCAUCGAUCCUUUCCCAUAGGUUUAAACGGCAGAACAAUCGAUAUAUCGUAAAAGCGCGCAACGCCGCUGACUCGACUAAUGUCCCCUUUUGCUUGACUGCAGAGAAAGAGCGUAUAAUUUGUAUCUACAUAUCAAUCCCAGCCUGCCUAAUUACGAUCGUAGCUGUAAUUUUAAGAUAUCUAAGUGUUCAUUAAUAUGAAAAUUCGGGCGUAAAAUUAGUAUUUCUACUCUUAGGACUCAAUAUGGGUUGUAAAUGUCAACGAAGGUAUCUUGUCAUUCCCAUCAUGAAAGUAAUUCUGUUUUAUCAGAUUCUGGCGAGAACCAUGAGGUUUCCGGAAUUUGCACAAGCAUGCACCGAUGAAAAUGUUACAUUCUAAUACAGUAUAAAGCACAAUUAUUGACAUUUUUUUGUCUCCGGUUAAAAGUCAAGCUCCACCCGCCGAUGUAGGUCCGUCAUUCAGCGUUAGUUAUUCAUCGGUAAACUGACGCCUUACGCUGUAAAUUAAUGCCACUAUAAAUUGUGACCAAUGUAAACCUAUCAGCAAUUUAAAAAAAACACACACACAAAAUUGAACCGAAAAUGUGUAAACUUAUGAGCGGAACUCACAACAUCCAUUUAGACGUUAUCAAAUUAUGCAAGUCAUGAGUUUAUUUAUUUUAUUUUUUUUUUAACAAAAAAAAAAAUUUAACACAUUGAAAAAGACUAAUUUCGAAUAAAGAAAAAGAAGAAAAAUAAUUUCUACAUUUUGAAAGGAAAACGUCGUUAGCCUCGUGCAAGAAUUUUCAAUACCGAGGCAAAAAUAUCAAUCGAAGCUUCUUUGAAAAAAAAAAGUUCUGAGGAAAAAGCACCCAGUUUCUUUUGCAUAGUAUUCCGCGCAAUUUUUUUCCGCCAAUUUGAUUCUCUUUCAUGACGGUUCGAGCGCAAAUAGUAUGAAAUACGUGUCUCGAAAUUAAAUAAUGCUUUUGAGUCAAAUUUUUCAUCCCGAAAAUGUCAAAAUGAUCAAUUUUCGUACAUUAAAAACAAUCAUUGAUUUCAGUGCAUUUCACACAAAUUCUCCGAUCGAUUCUUUCCAUAUAUGUCUGCAUUUUCUUUCCGUUGUUUUAAGUGUAUUUUAGGUACUAUAUAUUUGUCUGAACUCAUUCUUUAUUUACAGAAAUUUCCAUUUAAAAUUUUACUCAAUAGGUACUUAGUAUCAUAAGUUGUAAUCACUCCGUGUAAUCAAUGGUUUUAGUUUCUCUUUUCUCUUCUGUAUUCUUAGGUCUCAUGCUAUACAAUAGUUAAGUUGUUUUAUUUUUACUCACUUAAUGUUUCAUUUUCCGAUAACUGAUAGCCGUAACAUACUUUAUACAGGAUACUCUAUUAUUUAUGUACUUUUUUUCUCUUUUUUCACUGAUGAUACCCUCUCAAUAGUUUACGUUAAAAUGUAUAUGCAAUAGUUACUAAAAUUCUACAGAUUUUGCUUUUCACUCUGUCUUUAUGGAACGUAUGUGUUCCGCCAGGCAUAAUUGACGGUAGCGAUUUUCGAGGGUUGCCAACGUUGAUUUUCCUCCAUUUACAUCCAUGUAAAUAAUCGAUUCUUGCUGAGGCAGCCUGUCGCGACAAAUAUCGAUUUUUUUAUACACAUUUUAAUGGAGAUUACCCAGGUUUGCCAACUUCGUAGAAUCACUAUCGAGUUUAUAGCCCGCUAUCAUUGACUAUUCAUAGCAGCUUCUUCGUGAGUUUUUCCCCCAUACGUCAUUGGUAUAAAAUGACAAAGUCUAUGAAUUUCCAAGUAUAUUUUUUAGGAAACUGACCUUUCUCUAAGAAAGUUUCAGUUAGGUUUAAGUAUAUAAAUAGAGAGGUUUCAUUUUCCAAGAUCUCCGGAUGUGUUUACCUUGAUAAACACUCCUGUAACGAAAUUCACGUAUCCAACUUCUUCGUUCUUUCUAAAAAAUGUCGGCGGUGAAAGUUAGGCCAUUCGUUUACUGAGAUUAUUACAUUUUCUGGAGGAAAAAAAGAGGAAAGAGCCUUCAUUUCUGCUGUGCCAAGGAAGAACGCCGUAUGAAUCGUCAGGCGUUGCCAAAUGUUCUUUCAUAAACCAUGAAUUUUCUGGUAAACCUAUGAAUUUAUUCCUUCAAAUUUACAGACAAUCUUGUUCGCCAUUUCAUCUAAAGCGCCUACAAAUUUCAAGUAGGAAAAGUAUUUAUAACUUGCCUCAAAAAUAAACAUUUUAUCGAUGGAAAUCUGGCAACUCUCGAAUGUUCAUACGGCGUUUUUCCUUAGCAUGGCAGAUUUGUCAUAAAGUUUCAAUGACGCCUUCAAAAUGAAGGAAUCAUGCGGUAGUUUCAGUGAUCCUUCCGAACCCUUCUCUCUAUCUCUAGCCCCACCCCCCUCCCCAUCUCUCUAUUUUAUUUCUCUUAUUUCAAUUGAAGAUCUUAGAGAUCCUAGAUUUGAAUAUAAAGGCAGAUUGGAAAGCAUCCCCCAUAUUACAGUAUAGUCCUGCAAUAGUCGAUUCACAUUUACACAAGCUUACAUACUUUUUGGAAUGCAUUUUCUCUCACACAUUUCGGAAAACAAAUUCAUGAUUACUCACUUCAGUUGUUUAGUUUUUUUCUUGUUCAUUAAUUUUCUUCUUUACUUUCUAUUGUUUUGUUAUUACUUCGUCUUUCUGAUUCAGUACAAAGUAUAAAAGGAAAACCAAUUUUUGAAUUAAUAUGAUGUUGCUUUUUUACAUUCGAGUAAAUUUUGUUAUCGUGGAGAUUUUUGUCAUGCUCAAAUUAAAUUGCAUUGCUUUUUCAACUGAAAUGUUUAUAAAUAAAUUUCUUUCAGACUAUGCAAAUACUUCUUUUUCAUAACCCGACGUCUUGACUCUCGAAAAACCUAGUUCGCCUUUUUCUUCAAUAUUCUGAAAAUUCUUAUAUUCCCUUCCAAAAUCAACAUGUUAUCAUUGAAGCAUUGAAUUGUCUCCUUAUGAAGUUCUUUUUCUUCGAAAAAGCUCCAUUGGUAGAAGAUUCUUUUGUGCUUUUCUACAAGAAUAUAACAUUCAAUAAAGCUAAAAAUACUUAAAUAAGUUUUGACAAAUUUUCAACAAAUCAAGUGCCAUCCCCAUCCAUAGAGUAAGGUAAACAUCUUCCUUUGGAAAAGAAAAUUGAAUUCUGGGCUUGAAAUGAACUCAUUUCAAAGAGCUUUAUUUCCACACGAUACCUAAAAUAUCAUGAAUUGGAUGUAAUUUAACUCAUAAUUCGAGUUUGUCUCACGAAAGUCAACGGAUAGAGGAGUAGGAAAAUUGAUUUUUAGGAUAAUUUAAAAAGUAAAAAAGUAGAAAUCUUUUCUUUCUCGGAUAUCGAAUUGAUACAUCUCAAAUAUUUGCUACAUUCUAAACAUGUUUCCUGCCGAAUUGUCUUGGAAAUUUGCGCCGUGCCAAUGUGGCUAUCCUAAAUUGUCGUUAAAAUUUGCUUUUCCGACCGAGUAGAGGUUGAGAAAACGCCGUGUUUCGUCAUUUCAUUGCUACAAAGGUAGAAUUGCAUAGGAUCCCAAAUAUCUCAUGCCAAAAAUAGGACAAUUUGUGAUAAAUAUAUAUUUUAUAGUUCGAAUUUUCAAAAUCGGUUCUUUAAGCCUUUUCUUUUUUUCUUUUUUUAAAAUUGUUAAGUGUAAUGAAUUGAAUCCUUGUAACAGAGUCUAAUCUUGCCUAGCAGGAGUCUUAGAUUGUGAGGAAUCGCUCAUUUCAGUCCGUAGCGGGGAAGGCUCUAAAAAGAGGAGAAGUUAAGUUCUAAUUUUUUCCGCUUCUCCAGUUGUGGAUUUUCUCUUUUUUAUUUGAUUUAGUUUUAUUCGACUUUUUAGUCUUCAGUUCCUUUUUGACUUAACUCAUUUUAUAACGCUUUAUUCUUUUCCCUCUACAGCACUUAUUUUGAAAGAUUCUGAGUGAAUCGAUGUAAGGUUAUUGGGCUCGUGCUUGCUUGCAAAAUCUUAGUUCUAGAGAAAAUAAGUGACCGAAAAAUUAGAGAAAAAUAAGGCGGUUUAGUCGAUUGCGUUGUGAAUUUCGCCUUACGACUAUCUUAAAUUCUCCUACUUCAACGUACGUUAGUAGUGGAUGAUUUUCUAUCCGUGUUACAGAAGAAUUUUUGUCUUAUUUUGUUCCAAGAAAUACUUCAAAAAUUCAAAAAAUGAAACGCAAAUAUCUUUGUGAAAGCAUAUCAAUUGUCUAUGACAGGUAUUUAGGUUACCUGGUUUUUCUUCAUUUUUCACCAACAAAACAGUGAAACAGAAUGUGUGACAAAUAUUUUUCAGCUAUUUAUUUUUCCUUAUUUUGACCUGAGCCCAAUAUUAUUUUGGAUCAUUUAUGAUCUUUCCGAUAAUUUUACACCGUGUAAAUUGCUUUUACCUUGUAUUCCGUGUCAAAAAACUGGAACAAAAAAUUAACACCACCGUCGGAAGAAGAUAGAAAAAUAGAGCAUGACAAACUUAGACCCGUAUCAUUUCAAUUCUAAUACAUUGAAGAAAAAUCGAACUGAGCGAUGAAUGUUGGAAGUCUUGGUAGAAUUAAUAUACGAAAAUUUUAUUAAAAAUAAUAUAAAUGCAUAUAUUUUUUAUUGAAAAACUAGUAUUUUAAAUUUAUUUUUAAAAAUUGUUUUCUUUUAUGUUUAAAAUGUUUAGUUGUGUGAAAGGAUUUGUAAAACAAAUUAUUUCAUGCGUUCACGUGUAUUUGUGUAUAUAUGUUGAUGUGUAUACAUUUUUGUAAGUAUAUACAUGCAAUCCAAAUGAAUUGGUUGAUUGGAUUUUUAACUGAGCUAUUUUAUCACCAUGUUUCCAUUUGAUAACAUUCUUUUUAUUUUUUCCCAACUCCUCGUCUAAUAUGUGACUUUAUGCAUAUAUUCUCUUGAAUAAUUUCGCAUCUCAAUGUAAUAUGUGUAAUAUAAAUUUCAUUGUUAUGUACACGCGUGUAUCAAAAAUGUGAAAUCUCACAGCUUUUGCUCUGUUCAAAAUCUCGCACGAAGGCUACACUUUUUAAGCCUCAGUGAUGAAACUAUGAACAUGUAUUUAUGUAUUAUAAAUUUCUAAACGUAAUUUUUUUUGGUGCAAUAGAUAAUUUGAACAUAAAUGUAUGUAUAAAGGACACAUAUUGCUAACUCCUGAGACUUGUUUUUUCUCGGUUUUUUUCUCUUUUUUUCGUUUUUAAUGGUGAGAAAAAAAUGUAUCAAAUCCUUUAAUUAUCUCUUUGUUUGUUUUGUUUUCUUGUUUUUUUUCUUUAUUUAUUAUCUUUUAUUUUAAUGAGCCCAUCUUGACAAUCCGCGUAAUGAAAGGUGUUGUACAUAUUAUGAGCCUUGCGGCUUGUCAUGCUGGGUACUUGUGAAAAGGAACUGUCCUGAAAAGGAUGUUUAAGAAAUAAAUAAAGUGAUGAAAAUCAAUCAAAUUUGUAUCUGUGAAAAAAAGCUUUUUAUUGUACACAAAAUAAAGAAAAAGUUGUAAUACAAAAGAAA